AAGUUGGUAAAUGUCAAAAAAAAAUUAAAAAGUGAGUCAAGCUGCAGUGUUGUUUAGUUGUGGUCCGAGCAGGAGCAGCUUUUGCAAGUCACCAUGUCGCUGAAGCCUCGUCAGGUGGACUUCAAUGCAGUGUGGGGCAGCCUCCAGGAGACUGUGAAGAGUGUCAUCACCCUCGGUCACGUUCCAAGGCAGAUCUGGAGUGACAGAUUCUCUGAUGUUUACUCCUUGUGCGUGGCUCACCCCGAGUCAAUGGCUGAUAGAUUGUACGCAGAGACAAAGCAAUAUUUAAUUGAUCAUGUUGCUUUGCUGCUGAUCAAAGUCCAGGAGGACGGAGAGGAUAAUCUGAUCAAGAACUAUUACCAUUAUUGGUCUCAAUAUUCUCGCGGGCUCUUCUACCUGCAUCUGCUCUAUUGGUACUUGAAUCAGCAGCAUAUCCGCAUGCAAAAACCGUCAGACGCUGAGAUGAUUUAUGGUAGUUCUGAUGCUAAUGCAGGAGAACAAUUGGAAAUAAAGGAGUUGGCAUUAGAGGUGUGGAAGAAUGGAAUGAUCACACCGCUUGGGGAAAAGCUUGUGAAAUUGCUUUUGGAAACGAUUGACAAAGACAGAUCGGAGCACACCACUCUGAUCCCAAUUGAGGCAAUUCAGGGAACAAUCACUAGUUUUGUAGAGGUGCAGCGAUUUAAGAUUAAGGGAAAACUCAAGCUGUACCAGGAUCUGUUUGAAGAGCCUUUUCUGGACGCCAGCGGAGAGCACUUCAAGCGGGACGCAGCUCGUCUUUUGGAGGAGCGCGAUGUCAGCUUGUACAUGGAGAAAGUUAUAACUAAAGUGGACGAGGAAUUGGCCAGGGCUAGGAAAUUCCUGCACGCUAGUUCAUUAACUAAAGUAUCUCAAAGAUGCGAGCAACAUAUGGUGGCUGAGCAUUUGGAUUUCUUGUACAGCGAAUGCAUGAAUAUGGUGCAAGGUGAAAGGAAAAGGGAUUUAUCUAACAUGUAUAGUCUUUUGAAGAGCUUGCCGAAUGCCCUCAACAUCUUAGUCGACACCGUUCUAGAUCACAGCAAGUGCCAAGGAUUGGAAUCUAUUGGCACUCUGCAAGGAGAUAACAUCCACGUGAACUUCGUGGAGAAUCUGCUCGAGGUGUACCAGAAGUACCGACAGCAGAUCCAGGAGGUCUUCAGCGGCGAUCAGAACUUCAUGGGUGCGUUAGACAAGGCGUGCAGUUCGGUGAUCAAUCAUAGACCGAACAAGGGGAAGACCCCUUGCAGAAGUCCUGAGCUGCUCGCGAAAUACUGUGAUACGCUGCUCAAGAAGUCCAGCAAGGGGAUCAGCGAGGCAGAGGUGGACGAGAAAUUGCGCAAGAGCAUUACGAUAUUCAAGUACAUUGACGAUAAGGACGUGUUCCAAAAGUUUUACGCUCGAAUGCUGGCGAAGCGGUUAAUCCAUCAGCAGACUCAAAGCAUGGACGCAGAGGAGGCUAUGAUCAAUAGAUUGAAGCAGGCUUGCGGGUACGAAUUCACCAGCAAGUUACAUAGGAUGUUCACGGAUAUGUCGGUGAGCGCUGAUCUGAACAACAAGUUCAACGCUUUCCUGAAGGAUGACAGCAUCGAUUUAGGCGUCAACUUUUGCAUAUACAUCCUGCAGGCGGGCGCCUGGCCUUUCGGUCAGGCCAUCGUCACUCCGUUCUCGCUUCCUCAACAGCUCGUGAAGAGCGUCCAGAUGUUCGAGACGUUCUACUACAACCGCUUCAACGGCCGUAAAUUGACUUGGUUGCAUCACCUUUGCCAAGCGGAGCUUCGCCUGGGCUACCUCAAGAAGCCCUACGUCGUUACCGUUCAAACUUUUCAAAUGGCCAUACUGUUACUCUUCGAGACAGCCGACUCGCUCGUCUGCAAGGAGAUCAGAGAGACUUUGCUCCUGAACGCAGAUCAGUUCCAAAGACACGCGAUAAGCUUAGUCGAUUCUAAGCUUCUGCUAUGCGACUCUGAGGAAUUGACGCCGGAGGCUGUGCUUCGUUUGAACAUGGAGUACACCAAUAAGAGGACGAGGUUCAGAAUAACCGCGGCCAUCCAGCGUGAGUCGCCGCAAGAAGUGGAGCACACGAUAAACUCGGUGGAGGAGGACAGGAAACUGUACCUGCAGGCCGCCAUCGUGCGGAUCAUGAAGUCCCGCAAGGUCCUCAAGCAUAACGCGUUGAUACAAGAGGUUUGCGCACAAUCCAAGGUGUCCUUCGCGCCGAGCAUCCCCAUGAUCAAGAAAUGCAUCGAGGCCCUCAUCGACAGGCAUUACAUGGAGCGGACGCAACACUCGAGCGAAGAGUAUAGCUACAUAGCGUAAGAGACUGUCUCGUUAAUUAUCUUCAUUAACUACUAUUAUUUCUUUCGUCUCCUUCAUUGUCCAAUUCGUUUUAUUUCUUUUUGUAUUACGUUUAUUCAAUUUAGACUCCCUAAAAUUAUGAUUUACAUUAUUAUGU